AUGGGCCGUACGCCGCUCUCAUAUGCUGCUGGUGCUGGAGAGGAAGAUGUCGUGGAGGUACUUCUGGGGACGGCUGGGGUGGAAGUCGACGCGAGGGAUGAGAAUGGGAGGACGCCUCUCUUUUGGGCCGUUGAUAAUGGGCAUGAGAAGGUUGUUGAAGGGUUGCUGGAUUCGGGCGCUGAUACUGAGAUGUUGGGGGGUGAGAGUGAACGCACAAACAGACGCGCAGGUGAAGCUAUGUGUACCCUCCACUCUCUGGUCUCCGAUGAGAUGUCAACCCCUGAGCUGCUGAACGAUGGAGAAAGUUACGAGGAUGCAGAGUUGUGCUGUCAAAUAUGCGGCGUCAGCUUCAACAUUAGUCGUAUUCGGACUGCAAACGAGCCCGUCUCGUCUGCCUGGUGUGGAAGUGAUGACGAAGCAUGGGGAUACAGCCCGAUCCUCGGUUCAUAUGUCUGCGAUUUGCUGGACGAUGAAGACACCGGCUGUGCUUCAUGUCUGGUCGCGGAAAGGGGGGACCUCGGAAGCGAUGCGUCAGAUUCGGACUUUGUGAAUGGCAGUGAUGAGAUAUCAGAGUGUUGUUCUUCUGGAGAGUCAAGUGGAGUUGUGGACGUGGAAGAGGACCAAGAAGCAUCAGAUAUCAUCAUGUCUGCUCACAACAGCGAUGAUCAACGCGUGAUUCAGGAAUCCGCGGAAGACGAAGAAGCGUACCACCAGUUUAUCCAAGUAGUGAAGAACGUCACACUGACUACUCAUCACGGUCUUCAUCAGCGUUCAACACUCAAACCAACACCGCGCACAGACUACGAGCAUAUAGCAAGCACGUCGUGUGUAUCGAAACGCGGGUACAACGGCAACAACAUAUCCGUUGAAGAAAUGAGAGCUUGUACAACCGCGCAGUUUCUUAUCCCCAGGACGACUAUGCUCAAUGAUAGUGAUCCGUAUGGUCCGAUAGACGAUGACACAGCCACCUUCUUCGUCCACGGUCUAACAGAUCGUACCACGAGAAUUGACGCUCGACACCCUGCGUCUGUGUUUCCACCCAGGUUUGGAUGUCGUCGCAUGUCCUGGGCAAGAAAUGUUAUCUUGCGGCCGUCAACGGCAAAUUUAACGGGCAUGCCGCUCCAUCCUUACUGUUUGGAGGUGUUUAAACGUGCCAGCUUGCACAGAUCAGGGCGUGUAGACUUGGACGGUUUGACGAAUUGGUUUCGUUUGGAUGCUAAUCCGGUUGACUUCUUUUGCGAGUUUCCGCGAGACGAAGCUGUUGGACGGGGUCGUGGGGGAUCGCAAUGGCAGCAUGUUGCUGGUGAUGAGUGGAUUGUCGCGAAUCCUUGUAUUAACCCUACGCUUGAUACGUUUCUCGAGUCAGUUUGUACAGAAGCAUCUGAGCAUACGGGAGUUAAGAAAGGGAAUGGUGGUGGGCGAUUGAUUAAGGAUACAGACCCGUUUGCGAAGCUUCCACUUGAAAUCCGGCUUGAUGUACUCAUGUAUCUUGGGCCAGACGAUAUUACAAAUGUUCGGACAGCAAUGCCAUCUGUUUGGGAUUUGCCGCAGCACUUUUUGCAUAAACUGGUCAUCCGAGACUUUCCCUGGUUAUGGGAAGCCUGGUGUCCAAUUCCAUACUCAUUCUGGUCUACCACUACCGAAAGAGAGUUUAAGGUGCGCCAGAUGAAGUUUGAUGAGAGACGGCUAGAUACUGAAAGGAAAAUAUCCGUUUUGGAAGAUGAGGGACCAAGUGGUGAGUAUUCAUCUGCUAUUGAAGCACUGAGAAAUCAGUCCAGGGAGGAGCCAACGCAGUUGGGUAGCCAACCACUUCGCACGCUUGAUAUACAUAGCACAGAUUGGAGUCGUGUGUACGACAGGUUCACCCUAAGUGUGAAGAUUCCCAAAGGCUUGAGGAAUCGGUCUCGAAUUUGGAAGGACUGCGAGCAUAUACUAGAUAGAAUUGAGGCACAUAAAGCAAGUGGACGGUUGACGGAGAGGGAAACUGAUGCAGAGGAGGCUUGUGAAGAGUUUUUGGCAAGAUAUCCGCAUUUACGGCUGUCAGUAAUACGACCUUGGUAG